CUACCUGAGAGCCAGAAGAAAAGGCAGGUCUGUGGAUUUUACGCCGUAGCUUCCAGCUCCGACCGGACGCAGCUUCACGUCCAGAACCCUUUAUGUGCUUUUAACACAAGUUUCCCCAAGAAGAUAAACUAAAAAAAAAAAAACUAAAUAGUUUGUGAAUGGCAGCGAGUGUAGGACUGGCUAUGAAUCCGCCGCACACGACAGAAGAAAGGGCGGUUUUCACGCAGCUGAAGCCGGUGAGGAUGUCGGGGGCGGACGGCGCUGAGGACGCGGCCGUGUUCGAGGACGUCAAGCCCGGGACUCGACUAGAACUGGACAAAUACCUCCCCCAGGUCAACGCUUCCCUCCUAACCCCCUCGACCGACGCCACUGACAAGAAGUACAGACGGGAGAGCGCCUCGGUGGUGGACGAGUACUUCUCAGAGGACAAGCCUUCCACCCCGUACAGCCUCAACAUCAACCUCAUCCUCCCCAGCACCACUCACCUCCGCACAGGCCUCUACCGGCCCAACACCAAGACCCUGACGCCGCAGCAGAUCAAGACAGAGCCGGGCCUGGAGGUGCCCUGCUCCCUGCCCACCUCCACCCAGGCCCUGCCGGACUUCACCUCCGUCUUCAACGUGCCGCCUGUGGUCAACAACGUUUUCAUAAAGCCGGACAUGAGCGCUGGAGGAGUGGUGAGCGUCGCCACCGGGUCUCAGCAGCAGCAGCAGCAGCAGCAGCAGCACCCUUCAAGUUUGGACACAGAGCUUCACAUCGGACCUCCAGCUCCCCAACCGCAGGUCUACCACAUGCCCAUCACCAGCUGCGCCGACCUCACCAUGACGCUGUCGCACAGCAGCCCGUCGGCGCACGGCUCCGCCGGCGGCAGGACCAUGCUGAACCUCGGCAGCGCCUCGUUGCCGACCAGCAACGGCAGCUACAUGAUGGCGGAGCACCAGCUGCAGCAGCACCACGGUUACUACCAGGCGUCUCCGAACAACGUUCCCCAGCACACGGCGCCCCACAGCCUACCGCCGUCGCCCCCCAACUCCCAGCCGGGGAGCCCAGACGGCCAGGCGGAGCUGCUGAGCUUAGCGCCGCAGCCUCCGCCUCCGUACCAGCAGCGUCUGGGAGGCAUAAAGGUGACGGGGUUGUCUCCUCACGCCAUGCUGAUGACACACGGCCAGGGCAUCCUGACGGGUCCAAAAUACAACCGGAGGAACAACCCGGAGCUGGAGAAGAGGAGGAUCCACUUCUGUGACUACCCCGGCUGCACCAAAGUUUACACAAAGAGCUCUCAUCUGAAAGCACACCAAAGGACACACACGGGGGAGAAACCGUACCGCUGCACAUGGGAAAACUGCGACUGGCGUUUCGCCCGAUCGGACGAGCUCACCCGACACUACCGGAAGCACACCGGCGCCAAACCCUUCAAGUGCGUCGCCUGCAGCCGCUGCUUCUCGCGCUCGGACCACCUGGCCCUGCACAUGAAGCGCCACCAGAACUAACGCGAGCCUCCACGUGCGAACACACACGAUAACACUCCAGCAGAGCAUCGUCCACACACAGCAGCAGCCGCCAGAACAUCACAGCUUUCAAAGGAUAAGCAGACGCAAAAAUCAUCCCCGGCGUUUAUUCUGGUGCUGAUGAAGCGAGCAGCGAGUGGCGUCAGAGGGGAUCAUUUUAGUCGGGGGAAAUAAAUCGAACACAGACAGUGGUGUGUGUGCUGGUGGGAAGCCGGUGAGGGAUCACGUGCUUGUCGGUCAGUGUUCAGGAAGUGGGAUGUUUUGGUGGCAAAAUUUAAGAGAUCGUGGUGCAGAGAAGCUAAAGUUUGUCAAUAAUCUGUACAUUAGAAAUGUCUGGACAUCCGUUUAGUUUCACUCACACUAACCGAACAGAACAAAACUUUUAGAGCCACUCAGAGUUCUCCUUACUGAGAUAAAACCUGCUAUCAGUCAACGCCGUGUUUGCUGAGGUUUUAACAUCACAGCUAAUGAUCUACUAAAAAAAAAAAAACACUCCGAGAUGAUUUUGGCGUCUGCUGAAGUGUCUUGAUUUAAAACCCACACGUUCACACACACGCUCACUGCAGACAUCGCAGUCACCAGAACUGUUCUGUUCAGACUCCUACGAUGGAUUUGGGACUCCUUCCGAUUGAAUCCUGGGAAGAAAAAAAAAAACAACAACAAAACAAUUUCUUUUCCUACAAAUCUGCUGCCGGCUUCACCUCCGUCAUCUUUUAUCAUUCUGAGGCAUGAACUUUAAAACGGAGGCGGAGACACCUUCCCCUCCCCCUCCGUCCUGUAAAUACCUGUUAAUACGUGUGCGUAUGUGUGUUCGAGAAUUCAACGAAUGUAUUGAAAUUUAUACUUGACAGCUUUUUUUUUUUUUUUCUCGUUUGUUUUCAUUGAAUGUUAAUAUGAGUAAUAUUCCAUGUUGAAACUUCUCCCCCAGAAAAAAAAAAAGGACUAAAAACACAAUCAACAGACGCAAUCAGACGCCUCUCCAUGGAAAAGUUAAUCAUCACCCAGUUCUGCCUGUUUCAGCGCAGGUAAUACCUGUCGAGCUCGGAGCCACUUGCCAAUGUUUGUAUCCAUGACAUUACCGGUUGCCACGGCGACCAAGCCCCUUUGACAGCAGCUCGGGUUUUUUUUUUUCGUGCUCGGUUUCUAUUCAGCGCCGUUUCUUUAUUAAUCUCCUUUUUAUUUGUUCAACACUUCGGCUCAAGAAGCACAGAGAUGGGUGGGUAGCGCUGUUAUGUAAUGCGUCCGAUCGGUUUAAUGCUGAAUUACAGUCCUGGUAGCUGGAUGAGCGGCGGGUUAACGUUCACGCGAUUGCACGACAUAAAAAAUCAGUCGCAGCUUCUGCAUUUUUUAUAUAUUUUUUUAAAUUCUGUAAUGCAGCAGUUCACAGUUUUGUACACUUGCCCACAACUGGCAUUACAAGAAGGGUAAAAAA